AUGUCGGCCGCUCAAGACGAGUUUCGAGAGCUCAUGAGAGAUAAGGGUCGGAGAAGAGGACAUCCAGGAGAUGAUGACGACGGCAGGUCCUUCCUCAACCUCUCCGACGACGAAGACCCCACCGCGUCUUCCUCGCACGCUGUGCCAGACGGCGAAGACGGAGGCAGACCAAGCAUGAGCAACGUACGAAGCACGAUACCCAGCAAACGCUACGGGGCGAACACCGGACCGAAGGGCGUUAUCUCUGAUGCACAAGACUUUCGCGACUCACGCCGCAGCCAGCGAAUGUCAGUUAGAAACUCGUUCACUCCUCAACUGCAGAGCCAGUCAAGAUCAAAGGACCCUGCGCCGGUCGAAAAGCUGGAUGAGGAAGACGGGGAAGAACUAGACGAUGGGAACGUCGACUUCAUGCGUAAAUGGAGACAGAGCAGAAUAAAAGAGUUGAAGAGUGGAGUAAGAGACAGCACCAUGCACCGGAAUGGACGCAGCAGGAGACUUUAUGGAGGUCUAGCAACUGUCGAUGGCGAAGGAUAUCUUGACGCAGUGGACAAGUCAGGUCCGGACAUAGUGGUCGUGGUAUACAUCUACGAUGACUAUGUGAGUUUGAAGAUGUGCCCUCCCACGCAGACGCUGACAGCUUGUAGUCUCAAGUAAGCGACCUGUUUGAAAGUUGCAUCCGUACCCUUGCGAGCAAGCAUCAAGACACACGAUUUGUGAAACUUCACUACGACGAAGCACAGAUGGAACCUGCUGGCGUCCCAGCAAUCAUUGCAUAUCGCGGCGGCGAAAAGUUUGCGGGACUUGUUCCGAUCAUCAAUGAGCUACCCGACGACGCAGACUUGAGUGCACUGACACUUGAAGCAGUCCUGAAGAGGUUUGUCCCUUUUAUAUUCUCCGCCCAGGCAGACUGCUUAUUUGAACUAGGCACCAAAUCCUCACCUGAGGAUGCGAAGUAG